CUGCCCUUGCUUCCUCUCACCCUCCCUGUCUGUAUGUGGCUGCUGUCUUGGUGGUGUCAGGCCGAUGAUGCUCUUUUGCGUGAUGGCAGACCGUGCUGGCAGCACAGGGCCGGUGUCUGUGCCCAUCGGGAAGCCAGGCCUGGGAGCCUGCUCUCCCUCUCACUCCUGCUGCUGCCAUUGCUGCUAUCUCUUUCAGGGCUGCACCUCCUCCUCUUCCUCCUGCAACACAUCCUCUUCCUUAUCUGCUGGUCGGACCCGCAGCUUCUCCCUGCACCCGCACCCUGUCCCACAGUGCUCCUCCAUCUCCACCCAAAUUCAGACCCCCCAGCACGGGACUCCUGCCUCUGUCAUCACCAUCACCCACCACAAGUCCCCCACCGCCAGUCAACGGGCCUGCAGUCAGCAUCCUGCAGGACUGCACCAGGUCAAAGAGGUCAUGUUCCAGGCAGAGGGCCAGCAGAAGAACCUGGUGAAUUCCAUCGAAUCGCUGCCGAGCCGCGGGCCGCUGUCCUCCCUGGACCAGGACCUGCUCCUCCUCAAAGCCACGUCUGCAGCCACACUCAGCUGUCUGGGAGAAUGCCUGAGUAUCCUUCAGCACAACGUCUGCCAGGCGGCCCAACACAUCACCCACAGCCACAUUCAGGGAUCGAAUACAGAUAACAUCUCUAAUUGGUCAAGGCCCAAGACUGCCUCAGAAGACCAUGUGAAGAACGGAGAAUUGACACGUAACAACACCUCAACAAUACAUCAGCCCCACUCUCCAUUUCACAGGAACAAAGAACAGCUCAAAGACACAGAGAACUCCAGCUCAGAAUCGGUGGACUCCAGCGAGGAGAUCACAGACACAGAAGAUAAUGAGGAGGAAGACCUCGGAGUCUUAGAUGACCAGAGGAGCAUCAUCCUCCAUCUGCUGUCUCAACUCAAACUGGGCAUGGACCUCACACGGGUGGUGCUGCCCACGUUCAUCCUAGAGAAGCGCUCCCUUUUGGAGAUGUAUGCCAACUUCAUGGCCCAUCCGGAUGUGUUUUUGGCCAUCACAUCUGGAGCGACGCCAGAGGAACGCAUGAUCCGGUUUGUGGAAUACUACUUGACCGCAUUCCACGAGGGUCGUAAAGGUGCUGUGGCCAAGAAGCCUUACAACCCCAUUCUGGGGGAGAGCUUCCACUGCACAUGGGGCGUACAGCGAGAUAUGGUGCGGCCCCUCAGGACUACCAGCUCAAGUCUAGCCCCCGAGGCUGCUCAUUCCUCCCAGAUCACCUCCAGUGAGGGGUUAGAAUCUUACCGGCUACGUUUUGUGGCUGAGCAGGUGUCCCACCACCCCCCAGUCUCUGGAUUCUACUGCGAGUGCAAAGAGCAGCAGAUAUGCGUCAACACUCAUGUUUGGACUAAAAGCAAAUUCAUGGGCAUGUCCAUAGGAGUGUCAAUGGUUGGAGAAGGAAUUUUACAUCUCGUGGAGCAUGAUGAGGAGUAUGUGUUCACACUGCCGUCUGCCUACGCCCGCUCCAUUCUCACAGUGCCCUGGGUGGAGCUGGGUGGAAAAGUUUCCAUCUGCUGCGCCAAAAGCGGAUACUCUGCCGCCGUCACAUUCCACACCAAACCCUUCUAUGGAGGGAAAGUUCACAGAGUAACGGCUGAGGUCAAACACAACCCCAGCGGCACCAUCGUCUGCAAGGCUCAGGGGGAGUGGAACGGGACGCUGGAGUUCACCUACAGCAGUGGAGAGACCAAAGUGAUUGACACGUCCAAACUGCCAGUCAUUAAGAAAAAGAUCCGGCCACUGGAGAAACAGAGCCAGUAUGAAUCAAGGCGGCUGUGGAAGCAUGUGACAGCAGCGCUGAAGGCCGGCGAUAUCGAUGCGGCCACUGAACACAAACACCAGCUGGAGGAGAAACAGAGGAGAGAAGGGAAGCAGAGAACGGCCAGCAGCACCACCUGGAAACCCAAGUACUUCAUUAAAGAGGGGGAUGGAUGGGUGUACCACAAUCCUCUGUGGAAGACAAAGUGAUAAAGUCACGCUGGAGCCACAUGAUUUGGGUUUGUCACAGACCUCUAGCCGCGCGGAUGGGAGUGUCCAUGUGAGCGAGGGGCUGGCCAACCAAUGGGACUCAAGCAGCAGGGAAAGACAGUGAUCCAUUUUUCCAACUCGUCUUACGGAGAAUGGAAGGUGCCAAAAACAAAAAAUGAACUUGAGGGUGGUAAAAAUACCUCAAAAGACCCUCUGGAUGAUGAAGAUUGGACGUGGAGGCCUGAAUUGUGUGACCUUGUGUGAAUAUCUUUAUAUUUGUAUAUUACGUCUGAUAAUCAAUACAAAGUAAAGUGAUUUUUCACACAGGAGAGAUGUAGCAUCUGUAUCAGAGUAUAACUGUUAUUUUAGAACACCAUAAAGGCAGAUAUUGAUGCAAG